AUGGAGACUCCAGUCGCUCUCUCGAUUCCUCGCCUUAGGCUAAGCCGUCAUUCAAUCCAGUCCACGCCCGUGGCCGGUCCUUCCAGCGCGAACGCGUACGAGAGCCGCGAAGACGACGAGGACGCCGAGUCCACCCCCCGCUUGACCGCUGCCGCCAUCUCUCCCGACUCCACUUCGCCACGCACUUCGCCACGCACUUCUCCACGCGCUCCUCCAGGGGACACCCCCGCGGCGCGUCUACGCGCGGUGCUCGCUCGGGUUCCGAACACCUCCAUCACCCCUCAAGCUGCGGCGCCAGUGUUGCUAUCGCCCUCGGAACCGGACUCCGAUUUCGACAUGCCGCAUACUGCUCCGAGUAUAGCUCGCGAAAGUCUGCGCGAGCUCUUCUCGAGAGCGCUGCGCGACCCUGGGAACACGCCGCGGAAGGAGCGAGGACGACGGAACAGCAUCGACAUCAGCGAGGUGGACGACAGUCCCCGGAUGGAAUGGGUGGAGAGGGAAAGAGCGAAUAACAAGGGGAAGCGGAGGAGCAUGAGCGACGAGGAGGCGGAUCAUUUGCCUAGGCGGUCUCAGUCCUCUGUGAGGUCAUCACCGGCGGCGGCGACGUUCGACGCGUUGCGGGAGCGACUGAAGCGGUCGAGCACGUUGCCGCUGAGCGCUCCGACUGGCGAGCUGGUGAUGGAGAUGUCCAUGCCACCGGCAGAGUCGAGCGGGGAUACUGCCACGAUACUGCAAGGGUUGAACGGGCCCGCGGCGACCCCACCGCACGCGACGAGUACGCCAAUGCGAUCGCUGCAGAUCUCUACUCUGCAGCCAGCGCAGUCGAAUUUAUUGGAGCAGGACUCGGAGAUGCAGAAUGCACUGGGAGGUUUGGACAGCUUCGAGGGUGAUUCUGCUCCAAAUGGACGUCCGUUGUCGUUCCCGCCGAUGCGGUCGAGUGCGCAUUCUACCACUCCAGGGCGCCCCCUGUCUUGGAGUUCACACUCCAAAUCGCAUUCGUUGCACAAGUUACCCUUGCUGAGACGAGGGGGGAGCGAGGAGUUUGACAGCUCCUCAUCUCGCACGGGUUCCUCUCAAUCUGCGGCGGACUACAGGGACCGGCAAGAUGAAAGCCAGCGGGAUCGCCUGCGCGAUCGUGAACGAAGGUGGAACCAUCCGCUGCCCAAGUCGCCAGGUGAUUUAGGCCGAAGUAGUCCUGCCCACCAGCGACCGAGGAAGGACAGUACAGCGUCGGUUCAAAGCAUGGACGACGGUCGUUCGUCCAGAGCUAGUUCGGUGACAUCGCGAUCGGAUUACCAAGAACGGAUUGUUGAGGGGGAUCGUGCUAAAGACCGUGAACGCUCGUGGAACAGGCCAAACCACGCGCAGUCACCGUCUACGCUGAAUGUCAACGGCAAUGCUCAGCGUGCUCGCACGGUGAGCCAACCUAUGCGACCCGACUCCUCGCAGUCGUUGAUAUCUCCCGGGCGGCAUGCUCUCAACCGGCAUCAUUCGAGCAACCCUCUGUCGAGUUCGGUCUCGAGUAGAGCGAGCUCCCCUGCAGGCUCGGUGUCGAGUCGGAAUGCGGACGGUUUGCCGCCGGAAGUGCAACAGGAGCGGGAACGCAACUGGAAUUCCUCCCACCCGAAAUGGGUGCAGCAACCCCAGCCGGAACGCACUCCCUCUCCGGUGCCCAAUAAGUCAUUCCAGUCGACUCUGCGGCGCAGGACGAGCUCGACCCCGAAGAGCGCUGGUGAUGCGCCAUAUAACCGAGAAGCCGACAGUCCUAGGACUGAGAAGCCAGUAUAUCUCCGUGUUGAUACGACGGAGGCAUCGACUGCUAGGAGGCUUCGUUCCCCUCAGCAGGACACGGAAUCAAAUGAGCACCCGCCACCAGACUCACCAGAGCCGCGUUCUGCAGUCCUUCUCAGUGACGGGCCCGCAAAGACUCCAGAGUACCGCUACCGCUAUGGCUGGCAUUUUCCUGUCAGGCAGGCAUUGCCACCAUUAGAACUGGACCAGGACUCUCUUCAGAGAGCCGUCCGACCGCCACCACCACGACCAUCCAGCCGGAUGUCGGGGGCGCCAAGUACCAGUCAGAUACCUGUACGCUCGCCGUCUAAGCGAGGCGAUACCGCCAACCAGAGGAGAGGCCAUAGGAGAAACAUGACAGAAUUCAGCGAAGCGGUAGGCGCUGUUUCCGUUCGUGUUCCUGAGUCCGCUCCGGGUCAAGUGAUAGAUACCCCUCCAUCUGAAGAUGGCUCCAUCUUCGGAAGCGACGAGGACUCGCCUCCAGCCACAAGUACACCUACAUCUAAAAGUUUGUCUUUACCCCUGCCUGCUACGAGUUCCUAUCCUGCGAUGCCCCCUUCUCCGACUAUUACGACGAAUAUUAAUGGUGAUGCGCAGCGGCUAGAGAAGGCGCUUGCAAAGCCAGAUUCUCCUCCGCCGUCACCUCCUCGCGAUACGACCCCAUCAUUCUCCUUGCAGACACCACCGCGAAGACCUCAAUUCAGCACUCCAAAAGUAGAUUUCCAAACCCCCUCACCCCCGCGACACAUCCCCGAUCUUCCUGGGCCACCUUCAUCAGAGGAUGAAGAUACGGAUCGCGCUGAUCACACACCGAUCGGCCCCGAUUACCCCGUUCAAGGCGACAUGACGACGAUGAAGACACCUAGGCCACCAGGUGCAUGGACACAAACCCCUGUCCCUCGCCACACGUCCAACGACAUACUUGUGCGGGCGCAGUCCACUCCGCCGGAGAUCACUGAAACCCCCGAUAAUAAGACCGUUGCUGCUCCAUUCUCGUCUCUUUCGAGGGCGAGUUCACUACCGCUGCAAACUCCCGCACCACCAGGUGCAUGGAUGCCGACACCUGGACCUUCUGCAAGAAGACGGAGCAUCCUGAAGGUUCGUUUCGACGUCGAACCGGAGAACGCAUCUUCGGAUGGCGUCCCCGACCACCAGUUGAUUGACUCAUCGGAUUUCCCACCGAUCCCCGUCGCUAACGGCAAUCGUCUGGAUGGGAAGGAUGUGCAGCAUGACCAAAAUGGUCAAGCGAAGGUGGAACAGGAGACGGCUGGUCGUCCCUCUACUCAGCCUGUGGUAGCUCCGCGCCCUCGCCAUCUCCGAAAGUCACCAAGCGUGCGUGUGGUUGAUGCCUUCGGUCGUGAAACCAAAGACGAAGACGAACCUCCGCAGCCGGUCGAUCAUGUAUUCCAAGAGGAGCUGGUUCCACUAUCUCAGGAAGCUCCGCGUGUGCCAACAACACCGCGAAGUAGAAGUCUAGUGAAAAUCGUGGAUUCUAUGGGUCGGGAGGUGGAAGAUGUCCCUGAGGAGCCUCGGUCCCCUGAGCCUCCCCACUCACAUACUGAGGCGUUAGCUCGCCUCCGACGCGUAACAGCAGACCUGGCGGAGGACAUCAGCGAGAUUGACAGAUCUCGCGACGAACUCGCUCUGGAUGGAAAACGGCUUACUGCGUUGGAUGAGGCCUCGAAGGCGGCGAGGACCGCGAGAAAGAAAAUCUCUCAAUCUCUUGACCAGGUCAAAAGUUCGGGAUCAGACAUGAAGAGUAAGUACAAGCCUCUGCGGGAAAGCAUGAGGAAGAGCAGGCUAUUGCCACCCGCAGUUGUGGAAUACCAGAUGAGUUGGAAUUUCCUGAAUUCUUGGGUAUUUUGGGGCUUCCUUCUCGUUCAAGUCGCGUUAUUCCUCAUGAUGUACCGAAUGUCGAACAUCCGAGCGAAGCGCCUCUUCUUCACAACAUACUACGAUCCGUUCUACCCCGAUAUCUAUCUCUAUCCCGAUACCAUUCAAGCGUCGAUACCCUCGUCUUGCUCCGCCUUUCCGCCUGCUGUUCGAGAGCACGCAGGAUGGGCGGGCGUUAUGGCGGACUUCUGGAGCUAUCUUGGCUGCGUCGUGACCAACUGGCAGCGUCGGACAUGGGACACUUGGAUAUCAGGCCAACAGCAACAGCAGGCUACUAUUUCUUGGCCACCCACAUGA